AUGAAGUUCUCCACCACUCUGAUUGCCUUCGCUGCCGCCGGCCUCGCCAGCGCCCAGCUACCCAAUGUGCCUGCCUGCUCGCUGAGCUGCUUCCUCAGUGCCCUGCAGGGCGAUGGUUGCUCCGAGCUGCUCGACUUCAAGUGCCACUGCCAGAAGACCGAGCUCGUAUCCAGCAUCACCCCUUGUGUUGCGAAGGCCUGCGAACACAGCGACCAAGUUUCUGUCUCCAACGCCGUCGUUGAACAGUGCUCCUCUGCCGGUCAGCCUAUCUCGAUCCCUCCCAUCGAGACCAGCGCUUCCUCCCAGGCCAGCGCCUCAGAGACCAGCGCCCCCAGCUCUGCCCCCGCUGAGACCACCGGGUCUGCCAGCGAGAGCUCCAGCGCCGUUGAGUCCUCCUCCUCCGCUGUUGAGACCGAGAGCUCCACCACCGGCGCGGGUGCCGGUACCACCACCGGUGGAUCCGCCCCCGUCGGUUCCUCCUCCGGUGUUGCCACCUCCACCCCGCUGGUGACCACCACCGGAUCGGCCACUGCCUCUUCCUCUUCACCCGCCUUCAACGGUGCUGGAAAUGUCAAGGGCAACAUGGCUGGUGUUGCUGCUCUCGCCGCUGCCGCCGCUUACGUCCUGUAA